AGUUAGGAUUUUCCGCUGCUUUCUUGGGGACCUAGCGAAUAGCCAGAAACUAUCGCCCCAAGUCCAUCAGUAACUCACGGCAAUCGUGGUUCACCGACAGAGGCAGGCGCGAUGCAUCGAGGUCUCCGCCAUAGCAGUGUGCUCGCGCUCGUUGCGGCGCUCGCGUGUGUCGUGCCGUGGAUGGCCGUCGCGCAGAUCAUCAAGGAUUCGGAAGGUGCUGUGCUGAAUGAUUUGCAGAGUGCGUGGGCAGUCAACUUCACGGGCUGGGCUCCCGGAGUGGACUGCGGGGGAGCUGUGGGCCUCACAUGCGAUCCAGACGGCAUGGUCACCUCCAUGCAGUUUUGGACUCUUAUGUCGGCGGCAUUCUUCACAAACCGUGUCACGCAGCUAACCCGCCUCACAGAGCUGAAGUUCCACAGUAUAAUAUAUCUCCCAGAGGACCCACUAUACAAGCUCACAUGGCUCAAGUCCCUUUCUGUGGAGUGCCUUCCCACUUCAGCCGAGACCAUUCCUUCCAGCAUCACCAACCUCAUUCAACUCACGAAACUGGUAAUUGUGGACUGUGGCUUUGGCGCCAUUAACGGUGGUAUUCCGCCUCUGAGCCACCUGACCAGCCUUGUGGACGUGGAGUUCCCGUCCAACAAGAUGUCAGACCUAUCGCUUCUCCAGGGUACUGCCUUCGGUAGCCUAUUGAAACUGAACCUGAGCUCGAACCCUCUCGAGACUGACAGCCUCUCACGUCUGAACAACCUCAGUGGACUCACAUCGCUGGAUAUGUCACGCACUCGGUUGCAGGGCGACCAACUACUCCAGGGGCUGAGCCUUCCCAAAUUGCAAUUCCUGGAUCUCUCGAAUAACCGUGUCAGGGGCUCUCUCCCUGAAUCCCUCACAACCUUGACGUCCUUGAUCGCCCUGAAUAUCUCCAAUAACCAGCUCAGUGGCUCCAUCCCCGAGUCUCUCACAACCGUGACAACCCUGGUCAGCCUGAAAGUGAACUCUAACCCGAUGGAAGGAACUAUCCCACCGUCCUUUGGAAGCCUGACCGCUCUCUCACUGCUGGCCGCCAGCCGCACGAACCUCACGUGCCCUGCCAACCACAGCAGCUGUGGCGUGCACCAGAGCUCCUCCACUGGCUUCUGCCGCACAUGCCCUCUUUUUUGCACCGCAUGCGACAUGUCCCAGCUGCCAUCCCUUCCCGCUGCCAACCAGUCCCAGCCGGCAGCAGCACCGCCUGCAGCCGAGCAGCCCAAGUCAGGGCUUUCGGUGGGCGCCGUCAUUGCGACCGUGGCUGCUGUCCUUGCGGCUGCUGCCGCCCUCGCUGCCGUGCUCUACUACUGCUGCUUCCACAGGGGGGGCAGGCGCACCGGCUCAGCCUUGCUAAGCAGCAAGGCGGCCUCCCAGGCAUGCCAGGAGUACCCGCUGCGGCAGGUGGUUAAGGCCACCAACGGGUGGUCCGAGGCGAACCUGCUUGGCGCGGGCGCCUUUGGCGACGUGUACAGCGCCGUCUCUCCGGCUGAUGGCGCCACACUGUGGGCCGUGAAGCGAGCCAAGAUCAUCACCAACGACUUUGACACCGAGGUGUGCCAGAUGGCCACGAAGCACCACCCCAACCUUGUGCGGCUGCUGGGCUUCUCCAUUGGGAUUACCAACAAGACAAGGGUGGAGCAAGUUCUCAUCUAUGAGUUCAUGCCCCAUGGGGACCUGCAGCACUGGAUUGGAAAAGCUGCUCCCGUACCGCUGAGCUUCCAGCAGCGGGUGGACAUCCUCAUGGGGGCGGCACGGGGCUUCGAGUACCUCCACAGCUUUGGCAUCGUGCAUCGCGACAUCAAGCCAGCCAACAUCCUGCUAGACCAGAACAUGCAGGCUAAGAUCUCGGACUUUGGGCUAGUGAGGAUGGGAGAGGGCACCACAGUUCGGAGUACUCGGGUGGUGGGAACACCGGGCUAUGUGGACCCCUCGUAUGCUGCAUCCAAUAAAGCCACCACCGCCACCGAUGUCUACAGCUUUGGCGUCCUCAUUCUUGAGCUGAUGACGGGGCGGCCGGCUGUUGAGGGAUCGCUCACCAUUUCCUCUGAUGAGGAGUCCAACCUCCCUGUGAACAUCGUAUCCUGGGUGAAGCAGCAGCUCGCCCCGGCCAGCACCGCCCCAGCCCCGGUGGUUGCGAGCCUCAAGGACGCGCGUAUGGAGGCGCAGGAUGUCUUGGUGCUGAGGGUGCUGCAGCUGGCGCUGCGGUGCACCGCCAAGCACAGCGCGGCGCGGCCGACCAUGGGGGCCAUUGCAGCAGAGCUGGAGUCGGUGAUGGGCGAGCUGGGCGGGUGCAGGAGGAACACGGCGGCGGAAGCAGUGGACAGACAGAUGCGAGAGUGCACACUGGUAGGAAGCAUGGAAGACGAGCUUACUCGCUUGGGUGUUGCAUUCCAAGGCAGCAAAUUUACGGCAUACACUCAGCUUUAGGCCCUAGGUAGGAAUUAAUCUGGAAUGGGCGUAUUCGGAUACCCCAUAAACGUUCUCGGCUGUUGUAGCACGAGUUGCAAUGUUGACUAGGUGCUACAGUACCUGCCUUCGCCUCAGGGCUUGGAACAAAUUUCACACCAGUGGAAGUGCCCGCCAAGGGCGAACCUGCACGAUCUG